ACUUGACAUUUGACAUAAUGCUGUUUUGAGUUGAGUUUCAGUUUUGUUUUGCCGGAGUUUGCAAAAUUAUAUUGAUUCGCUUGGUAUAUCCAUGAACAAUAAUUGAGAUAUCUCGUUGUUAAAUCAUUUAUUCUUGUAGGCUGUAUUCCCUGAGUGUGUAAUUGUAAUUUUUACUUAUGAAUGUCACUUUUUUAUAUAUCGGUUUUGAAAAGGUUAUGCUAGUGGUAGCUACAGGUUUUACAAUAGUAUAGUAUCUCUAGGAACUCCUGUUUUGAUCAUGAAAGUGUACUGCCUCAGCAGCGAUGCUGCGAAGCCCUGCUUCGUGAUCUCGUUCCGCGGGCUGAUGAUCAUGCUGGACUGCGGGCUGUCGGCGCAGUCGGUGCUGAGCUUCCUGCCGCUGCCGCCCGUGCCCUCCGCGCGCCUGGCCUCGCUGCCCAGCUACUCGCCGCCGCACAUCAACGACCCACUGCUCGAGGGGGAGCUGAAGGAGUGCUGCGGGCGCGUGUUCGUGGACUCGCUGCCGGAGUUCUGCCCGCCGCUGGAGCAGGUGGUGGACUUCGCGCAGCUCGACGCCAUCCUCAUCAGCAACUACACGUGCAUGAUGGCGCUGCCCUUCGUCACCGAGGGCACCGGCUUCAAGGGACAGGUGUACGCCACCGAGCCCACGCUGCAGAUCGGCAGGUUCUACUUGGAAGAGUUGUCCGAGUGGCUGCGCGAGGCGGGCGGGGGCGCGGGCGGCGGGGCGGGCGGCGCGCGGCGCUGGAAGGAGCUGCUGCACCUGCUGCCGGCGCCGCUCUCGCAGGCCGCGCGGCCCCGCGCCUGGCGCCGCCUCUACUCCGCGCAGGUGCUGGCCAAGGCGCUCGCACGGGUCCGCGUCGUCGGGUACGACGAGCGCGUGGAGCUGUUCGGCGCGCUGGAGGCGUCCCCCGUGAGCUCCGGCUUCUGCCUCGGCUCCGCCAACUGGGUGCUGCGCUCGCCGCACGAGAAGAUCGCCUACGUGUCCGGCUCCUCCACGCUCACCACGCACCCGCGCCCCAUCAACCAGGCGGCGCUGCGCGGCGCGGACCUGCUGCUGCUGGCGGGGCUGACGCAGACGCCGGCGCACAACCCGGACAACAUGCUGGGCGACCUGUGCGUGCACGCCGGCGUCACGCUGCGCGGCGGCGGCGCCGUGCUGCUGCCCGUGUACCCCAGCGGCGUGCUGUACGACCUGCUCGAGUGCCUGUCCAUGCACCUCGACACCGCCGGCCUGUCGCAGAUCCCGCUGUACGUGAUCUCGCCGGUGGCGGACGCGUCGCUCGCCUACAGCAACAUCCUCGCCGAGUGGGUCUCCACCGCCAAGCAGGCGCGCGUGUACGUGCCCGAGGAGCCGUUCCCGCACGCCGCCCUCGCCCGCGCCGGCCGCCUGCGCCACGCCGCGCGCCUGCACGACCACAGCUUCAGCGAACACUUCCGCACACCGUGCGUGGUGUUCUGCGGGCACCCGUCGCUGCGGUUCGGCGCCGCCGUGCACCUGCUGGAGCUGUGGGCCGCCAACCCCGCGCACGCCGUCAUCUUCACCGAGCCGGACUUCCCGUACCUGGAGGCGCUGGCGCCGUUCCAGCCGCUGGCGAUGAAGGCGUUCCACUGCCCCAUCGACACCUCGCUCAACUACUCACAGUGCAACAAGCUGGUGCGCGAGCUGCGGCCCCGCGCGCUGGCCGUGCCCGAGCAGUACGCGCCCCCGCGCGGGGCGGCGGGGGCGGGGGGCGCGGGGGCGGGGGCGCGCGCGUGCGUGACGGCCGACGUGCCCGUGCUGGCGCUGCGGCGCGGCGGCGUGGCGGCGGUGGCGGCGCGGCGCACGCUGGCCCGCGCCGCCGCCGCGCCCGCGCUGCUGCCCGCGCUGCGCCCGCGCGCGCCGCUCACCGCCGAGCUGCACGUGCGCGACAACGUGCUCACGCUGCUCCCGCCGCCCGCGCCGCUGCAGCCCUCCGCCGAGCCCGACUACGAUCUGGGGCCGCCCAACGUCGACGCGCUGGUGCGGUGCCUGGCGGCGGAGGGGCUGGGCGCGGCGCGCGUGGAGGCGUCGCCGGCGGGCGCCGUGCUGCACCUGCCGCGCCACGACGCGCUGCUGCACGUGGAGCGCGCGCACACGCACGUGUUCUGCGAGCCGCGCGGCCGCCCCGCCCUGCGCCGCGCGCUGCGGGCCGCCGCGCGCCGUGACCCCGCGCCGCUGUAGCCACCCCCCCCGCCCUGCGCCGCGCGCUGCGGGCCGCCGCGCGCCGUGAC